GAUGUUUGGUUAUAGUUGCAUACCGAUAUUUAUAUAUAGAUAAAUAAAUUAUAAAUAUAUAUUUAUAUAUAAGAAAAUAGUAGAAACAUUUAGAAAUGCGCUUUUCACGGGUGCAUCUUGCACCAAUGCUUUCAAAUGCCACUAGGCUCCAGUUAGGGAAUAUUAAGACUAAAAAUGGAACAUUCGCUACAGCUUCAGGAUCCCAGGAAAAAUGGGGUUUCAUUUUAGGGGGAAGGGUUUAUCCAAUAAUAGGGUGUACGUUUUCCUGUUUUACAAUUAUUGUUGUAAUGACAGUCGCUGGUACAUAUCAAGAAUACCGCGAUAUGAUAUUGAUGUCAGAACAUAUAUCAUACGAAGAUGUGAAGGAUCGCUGUCUAACACCAAUACCUGGAUGGGCGAGAUUGCGAUCGUUGCAAAUGGCAAGUCCCAUGGGUCCAGUUACUUAUCGUGACCCUACUCCAUUGGAAUGGCUUCCAUUCGAACUUAAAUUAGGCUAUGUGAAGCAAGCUUCAUAUUAAAAAUUGUUAUUAACAGAGGUUUAUGUAUACAAUCGAUGAAUUAGGUAUUAUAGAACUUUAUUUUUUUAUUAUUUUAGAAUUUAGCAGUAGCACUAGGUAUGUUUAAACCAUUUUAUAUAGCAACAUAUAUAUUUAUAUAAGCAUCGUGGUCCUAUGGUGUGCUUAGGGAUAUGUCAGAGUAUUGCUGAAUUACUCACCUGAAUCUUGCGUUUUUUUUUUGAUAUACACAAAAAAA